AUGUCAUCUGAAGCAUUUGUAACAUUGGCUACAAACGAUGGUUAUGCUCUUGGAGCUUUGGUCGUUGCACAAUCACUACGCAAAGUUGGAACACAACGACGUUUAGUUGUUAUGAUUUCAAAAAAUUUAUCUGAUUUAAUGAAACGAACAUUAGAAACAAGUUUUGAUGAAGUUGUUAUUGUUGAAGAAUUAGAUUCUCAUGAUAUUGAAAAUUUAAGUUUAUUAAGUCGUCCAGAACUUGGUGUUACAUUUACAAAAAUAAAUUGUUGGCUUUUAGAAAAAUAUUCCAAAUGUGUUUUUCUUGAUGCUGAUAUUCUUGUUUUACGUGAUAUUGAUGAUUUAUUUCAACGAGAAGAAUUUUCAGCUGCACCUGAUGCUGGUUGGCCUGAUUGUUUUAAUUCAGGUGUUUUUGUUUAUCGACCAUCGAAAGAUACAUUUAGAAAAUUGGUUCAAUUUGCUACUCAACAACAUGCUUCAUUUGAUGGUGGAGAUCAAGGACUUUUAAAUAGUUUUUUUUCAAAUUGGCGAACAUCGGAUAUAUCUCGUCAUUUACCAUUUGUUUAUAAUGUAACAGCAAAUACAUUUUAUUCAUAUGUUCCAGCUGUUACGCGAUUUCGUAAUGAUAUUCGUGUUGUUCAUUUUGCUGGUGCAUUAAAACCAUGGCAAUUAACAUAUAAUCCACAGAAUGAAAACUUAUCAGGUAAUUUAGAUGGACAACAAGAUAUUCAAAGAGAAUUUCUUCUUUGUUGGUGGAGAAUUAUGUAUGAAAGAGUUUGGCCACAAUUAUCAAAAUAUAAUCAGUCUAAUAUUUCAGUUAUGAAUAAAUAUUGUUCAAUGAAUAUGAAUAUUGAUUUAAAUAUAAAUAAAAUAAAAGAAAUAAAUAUAUUAUUUGAAAACGAUCGAAGAUUAUAUUUUCCAUCAAUAAUUGAUGAUUUAUUUAAUGAUAUAUCAAUACGAGAAAAUCUUAAAAGAAAAUAUUUAAUUAAUAAUAUUAUUCCACAAUCAGGAAUAUAUCAUAUUAAACAAGGAUAUUAUAAAUAUUUCUAUCAAUAUAAACAAAAAUAUAUUGAUUAUGAUUUAUUUAAUAAUUAUAAUAAUCAACAAUAUUAUUUAUCAUCUGAUAAAAUUAUUUCAUUUUUUUCAAAAGAAAAAAAAAAAAGUAUUUUUUAUGCUUGGAAUUAA